AUAUACAAUAGCAUCGACUGUCCUUUUCAAUGACUUCUUACGGUAAUAAGCAGCACUGAGAACAUAGCCGGUGUAGUGUUUUAACAAUAAACAAAAGACCGGCUGUAAGCAAACCUGAGUCGCAGUCAAAAAAUUAGGCUUCGGUCGGCGCCGGGGAAGUGCGUGCCGAAAUUCCACUGCGCUUCGUUCAAAAGUAUGAAAGCAGUUCACGGCCCACCUCCGAGGUUCUUUAUCUUUUCCUCAUUGUUUUGUCGAUAAGAGAAUAAACAGACAAAUUCAACAGCUCACAGCACAAUCUAGAGAAAGAGCAAUUGCGGAUAAUAAAGAUGUCGACCGCUCCCGAGUACCAUAUCGAUCAACCCUUCCUGACGCCGCACAAUCUCCUGGGCGAAGGCCCGACCUACGUGCCCUCGACCGACGAGUUCUUCUUCCUCGACAUCCACCGCUGCCAGAUCGCGUACCUCAAGGUUCCUACCGACUCGGCGACCUACACCGUCGCUCCCUCGAACGAAGCCGGCGGCGCGCCCGCGAUCGAGGUGUUUUCGACCUCGGCCGCGGUCGCUACCCGCACGACGUACCCCGACUCCCCGAUCGGUGUGCUCGCGCUGCUGCCGGACUCUCCCGACCGGUUCCUGGUAGGAGCAAAGUACGGGUUCGCGGUUGCGUCGCCCAAGAAGAACGCGGAGCUGGAGUACAAGGCCGAUGUGUACGCGAGCGAUCCCGAGAAGCGGGCAAUCAUGCGGUUCAACGACGGCAACGUGGAUCCUGCGGGCCGGUUUGUGGCCGGGUCGAUGAAGCAGGAGAAUCCGACGAGCGUGGGCUCGUUGUUCAAGCUUGAGACCGACGGCACGGCGUCAGUUAUCUUUGACGAGUGCGCGAUCCCGAACGGGCUGCAGUGGUCUGCGGACGGCAAGACGAUGUUCCACAUCGAGUCGACCAAGUUCACCGUGUUUGCGUACGACUACGACGUCAGCACGGGCACGGUGUCGAACAAGCGCCCGUUCGUGGUGUUUGACAACGGCGAGGAGUGCGACGGCAUGACGAUCUCCGAGCAAGGCGAUCUCUUCAUCGCGGUCUGGAACGGCAGACGCGUCGAGCAGCGGUGCUCAAAGACCGGCGCGCUCAAGGCGAAGUACUUCCUUCCCGCGGCGAGAGUUACUUGCCCUACGUUUGGCGGAAAGAACUUGGACGAGUUGUACGUGACUACGGCGUCGCUGCAUGCGGACGAUCUGGAGUAUGUCUGGACGGAGGAGGACGCGAAGAAGGAUCAGGGUGGUGAGAUUUUCAAGUUUAAGAUUCCGGGCCAGAACGGUGUGCCGAGGGGGGUGUACAAGGGUUCCAUCUGAGCUUUGCUUCGAUGAUCUGUUUGAUUUAUGUUGAAUUGAUUAUACAAGGUAGACAACAUAACAAAAUACA